AUGAUUGACGGACAAGUGUCGACAAGCUCAGACUCACUGCAGCAAGAGACCCAGAGGACGCUUCGGAAUAAACGAUACAGUAUCCGAGGUAAUUGCUGAGCAUUAGGGCCAAUGUCCCGUGAGUGCUCGUGCAAAUCGCCACAUGCUACUGCCAAUUAAAUUAGAGCCCGUGGCGCUUUGUGUUAUGUCGUUAACAUGAAAAUAGACAGACAUUCACAUGCCAGGUAAUUAACUGGUGCUUUAUUUUAAAUUUGUCAACUCAUCAUUACGCAUCGCACUUUACACAAGGUUAUUUAGCCUACACUUCUACUGUCAUGUCUCCUUAAUUUAUAACUUUAUAAUUUUGAUUAGAAGGCCAAAAAUUAUAUUAUAAAGUAAUGCAAGCGACACAAAACAUAUUAAAACACUAAGGUGCAUAUAGCCUAGGCCUAUACUCUGCUUAGUUAUUUGUAUUACACAAAUUAAAUGUCAUUAUUUUUCAUUUAUUUUAUUUAUUACAGUCAAUAAUUUCCAUAACCUAUGAACCUCAACAGCCCUUGUGCUUAUCUCAUGUCUCCGUGAGGAGGCUGUUUUGUCAGGUUGUCUUAUGCAACACGGCCGAUGUUCAUCCCCUGAGGUUUGGCGGAGGCACCUGUUUGUGUUCUGAUGCUGUUUCUUCAGAGCCUGUGACUGUGAACACGGCUACUUUAUACCACACAUUCACAUCAUGGAUGUUACUGGAUUCAAUUGGAAAUACCGGUUACUGUGUGGACUAUGUGCUUUUCUCAACUUUUACGCGUCUGUCUCGGCGGAGUCCAGCUGUAAAUUGAAGGCCAAGUUUAACCUGAGCGGGUACAGGAACGUGGAGAAGAAAAAGGUGGUCGUGGGAGGGAUGUUUCCCGUUCACCGCCGCGUCGCCUCAGUCAAUACCAACAGCUCCUCAGUGCCGGUGUCCCAGGGAUGUGAGGGGUGAGUACCGGUGAAUAUUACUGUCAUGGGAUACAAUUACAUUAUAUUACUCAGGAGUUUAAAGCAUUUAAACUGGAUUGAGAGAUGGAGAGAAUUAAGGUGGGAAUGUGGGAACAUUUUCGAAAUUAUAAUAAAUUAGCCCUAUUGUAUUUCAAAUAUUAUGCGAAUACAAUUUAGAACUAGAACAUUCUGGGAAUUGCUUCUCUACUGAGUCGCCCCCUCCUCCUCCCCUCAAGGUCCUGCUCCCUCAUCCAAUCUGUUACUCAACAAUCACCAUCAUCCCUAAACUCUCCCUUCAGCCCCAUAGACCUGUGCUUCUCCUAUAUUAGCCCAUAAACUACAUGAUGAUGAUUUGGGCUUGUUCAUUCCACCAAUAUUGUGAUCUUUGUCGUCCUCUAGUGGCGGUUUAAUGCAACUUUACUACAUUUGAUCAUAUAUUGCAGAAACAGUACUAUUCGAGAUGGCUUAAAAGUAAUGUCAGGAUUCUACUACUAGUACUAUUACUAUUUCUAACUAUUUCCCUUCAUCUUCACUACUACCAUCAUCAUCAUCACCUCUCAUCCAGAUUUAACUUCCGGACGUUCCGUUGGACUCAGACGAUGCUCUUCGCCAUUGAUGAGAUCAACAAGCGGAGAGACCUUCUCCCUGAUACAGACCUGGGCUAUGUCAUCUAUGACUCCUGCUUCACCAUCUCCAAGGCUGUGGAGGGCACCCUCACCUACCUGACAGGGCAGGAAGAGGCCGUGCCCAACUACCGCUGUGGCACAGGGGCGCCCCUGGCCGCUCUGGUGGGGGCUGGGGGGUCAGACCUGUCCAUCGCCACCGCACGCAUACUGGGACUCUACUAUUUCCCCCAGGUAUCUCUUUCCAUCUACAUACCCUCAUAUUAAUACAUGUACUCUCCUCUUCACUACAGUUCCUAUAUCUACUAGGUGGAGGGGCCUAACUAGUGUAUAAGAGAAGAGAGGAGAAAGGGAGAAGAAGAAGAAGGAGGAAAAAGACGGAGAAGAGAGAAAAAAGAAGGAGAGAGAAAAAGAGGAGAAAAAGAGAGAAGAGAGAGAAAAAGAGAGAGCGAAGGAGAGAAGAGAGAGAGCGAGAGAAGCUCGAGUCCAGAAGAAUCGCACGGAACGACAGGACGCUGCAAGACUCGCACGACCCGUCGAGCACAGCUCGCUACGCAACCGACACGCGCGACCGAACGCGAAGACGGUGCCGCUCCCUCGAGCAAGCUCGACACGCGAGCCCUCUCCCCACGAUCACGAGCCGCUCCCCGCCUCUAUCGCACUCGCUACGCUCGCCCUUCGCCUCUCCACCCAGAGCUUCAGUCUCUCCUAGCUGCUGCCUACAUCGCACCUCCCUCUAGCCCCUACGCUCGCUCUCAUCCUCGCGUCUCUCCCAUCCACUCUCUCUCCGCCCUCUCUCUCCCCUCCAUCUACUCCUCUCUCCCCUCUCUCCUCCCUCCCUCUCUCUCCUCUCUCCUCUCUCCCUCUCUCUCUCCCUCUCUCCCUCCCUCCUCCUCUCCUCUCCUCCUUCUUCCUCUCUUUAGGUGAGUUACUCGUCGUCCUGCUCUGUGUUGGACAGUAAGUUCCAGUUCCCCACCUUUCUGAGGACCAUCCCUAACGACGUCUACCAGUCUGAGGCAAUGGCCCGCCUGGUGCUUCACUUCGGCUGGACCUGGGUGGGAACCAUCGCCGCGGACGACGACUAUGGGAAGUAUGGCAUCAAGGCCUUCAAGGAACAGGUGGAGGAGGCUGGGGUCUGCAUCUCCUUCUCUGAGACCCUGCCCAAGGUGACCGGUGACUGUUUCCAUUACAUCACAGCCCUCAAUGUCUCUGUCUCUCUCAGUUUCUGCCUCUCUUCUCUCUCUUCUUCCCUCUCGUUCCCUCUAUUUCUCUCCAUCAAUUUGCUUGUACCAUAAACAAGUGAAUAAAGUUUUGGAACCCCUCCUCCCUCCUGUUUUCUGUCCUGUGUAGGUGAGCGCUCCAGAGGACAUCCAGCGUAUUGUGAAGACGGUGGUGGAGUCGACAGCUAAGAUCAUUGUGGUGUUCUCCUCUGAUGUGGACCUGAGCCCUCUGAUCCAGGAGCUGGUCCAACACAAUGUCACCAACCGCACCUGGAUCGCCAGCGAGGCCUGGGUCACCUCUGCACUCAUCAACCAGCCUGGGGUGAGGGGUCAACUAGUGGUUAGGUUCAACCUGUGGUCACAGGGACCAUAGAAUUAGAGUCAGCAGAGUGACUAUUUUUAUUCAAAGCGGUGUUCCCUGAUAUGUUGGGUGUUUUCUGUGUCCAGGUGAGUUCAGUGCUGGGUGGUACCCUGGGAUUCGGCCUGAAGCGUGCUGAGAUCCCCGGCCUCCAGAGUCACCUGCUGAACAUAGACCCCUACGCCAACCCGCUCACCGAGGAAUUUUGGGAAACGGCGUUCAACUGCACGCUGGACUACGGCCGGGCUCUGAGGCUGGCGGAAGAAACGGCGGCAGCGGAGCACGGGGGUAACACGACCCUGUCCAGGGCGGUCAGAGGGGUGCCUGAGGGGCUGUGUUCGGGACAGGAGUCCCUGGAGAAACUUAAUAAUACCUACUCUGACGUGACCCAGCUACGCCUCACAUACAGGUAAAUAUGAUGCUGGUGAUGGUGAUGGUGUUUGUGAUGAUACAUUGUACAUUGUAGUCAUUUAGCAGACGCUCUUAUUCAGAGCGAUGAUGAUGAUGAUGUUAUGUAUUUCAGUGUGUACAAGGCUGUGUACACAGUGGCCCAUGCCCUGCAUAACAUGGAGAUCUGUGAGCCUGGCCAGGGGCCCUUCAACAACAACAACAGCUGUGCUGAUAUCACCAACUUUGAGCCCUGGCAGGUCUCUGUGUGUGUGUGUGUGUGUGUGUGUAUGUGUGUGUGUAUGUGUGUGUGUGUGCGUGUGUGCGUUGUGCGUGUGUGCGUGUGUGCGUGUGCGUGUGUGCGUGGGUGUGCUUGUGCGUGUGUGUGUGUGCGUGUGCGUGUGCUUGUGUGGUGUGUGUGUAUGUGUGCGUGUGCGUGUGGUGUGUGUGUGUGUGUGUGUGUGUGUGUGUGUGUAUAAUUGUAGUUGCAUCUCGGUUGUAACUGCUGUAGGUUUAACAUGAUCUAUCUUCUCCUUUCUCAUCUAGUUGAUGUAUUACCUGAAGAACGUGUGGUUCGACGUCCCCCACACCAAAGAGCCUUUAUUCUUUAAGGACGGAGAUGUGGACGGCUACUAUGACAUCAUUAACUGGCAGGUGAAAGGUGACGGGGAGGUCUCCUACGUGACAAUUGGCCAGUUCAACAGCACAGCAGCCCCAGAGGCCAUGAUGACCAUCAACAACGCCUCAAUAGUGUGGAACAAUGAUGAGCUGGAGGUCAGUGAGAUACUGUAGUGAGAGGACAGAGACAGUGGUAUGUGUGUACCCCAUCUAUCUGGCUGUCUCCCUCCCUGUCCUACUGGCCGUCUCCCCUCCCGGUUUUGGCGGUCUCCCUCCCGUCUUCUGGUGUUUCCCCCCCUGUCUAUUGGCUGUUCCUCCCCGUUAUCUGGCGUCUCCCUCCCUGUAAUUGGUGUUCCCCCCCUGUCUGGCUUCUCCCCUCCCUGUUAUUUGGGUGUCUCCCCCUGUCUAUUGGUGUCUCCUCCCGUCUACGGCGUCUCCUCCCUUUUCUGGCUGUCUCCCUCCCUGUCUAUCUGGCUGUCUCCCUCCCUGUUUUAUCUGGCUGCCCCUCCUUUUCGGCGUCUCCCUCCCCCUCUAUCUGGUGUCCCCUCCCUGUCUUGGGUCUCCCUCCCUGUUUUGGGGUCUCCCCCCCUUCUGGCUGUCUCCCCCCCCUGUCUGGCUUUCUCCCAGGGCUAUUGGUGUCUCCCUCCCCCGUCUAUCUGGCGUCUCUUCCCCUUUCUAUUGGGUGUUCCCUCCCUGUCUUUUCUGUCCCCCCUUGUCUGGCUGUCUCCCCCCGUCAUUGGUGUCUCCCUCCCUGUUAUCUGGUUUCUCCCCCCCCUGUUAUUGGUGUCUCCUCCCGUUUUUGGCUGUCUACCUCCCUGUCUUUUGGGUGUUCCCCCUUCUAUCUGGCUGUCUCCCCCCCCCCCCCUUUUUGGGGGGUCUCCCCCCCUGUUAUUUUGUCUCCCUCCCUUAUCGGGGGGCCCUCCCUGUCUAUCUGGGUCUCCUCCCUUAUUCCCGGCUGUUCCUCCCCUUUGGAUGUCUCCUCCCUGUCUAUCUGCUUCUCCCCCCCUGUUUCUGGUGUCCCCUCCCUUAUCUGGCUGUCUCCCUCCUUUUCCCGACGUUCCCCCCCUUUUUUCGGGGGGUUCUCCCUCCCCGUCUAUUGUGUUUUCCCCCAUCUUCUGACUGUUCCCCCCUUCUUGACUUUUCCCCUCCCGUCUGACUGUCUCCCCCCUUUAUUGGCUGUCUCCCCCCUAUUUGACGCCCCCUCCCCUUUUCUGACUGUUUUCCCUCCUGUCUGGCUGUUCCCUCCCGUUUUUUGCGUCUCCUCCCAUUUUCUGACUGUUUCCCUCCCAUUAUCUGGCGUUCCCUCCCGUCAUUUGGGGGCUCCCCCCGUCUAUCUGGGGGGUCUCCCCCCUUUUUUCUGACUUUCCCUCCCCCUUUUACCCGACUGUCUCCCCCCUGGCUACUGUCUCCCCCCGUCUAUCGGGCUUCCCUCCCGUUUCUGACUGUCCCCCUCCCUUCUAUUGGCUGUCCCCCCCCCUGUUGAACCUUCUCCCCUUUUCCCCAUCUACCCGACUUUCCCUCCCUUUCUGACUGUCUCCCCUCCCUUUAUGGCGUCUCCCUCCCAUCUUCGACUGUCCCCUCCCAUUAUUGGCGGCCCCCCCGUUUUUGAAAUUCCCUCCCUUUGACGCUCCCUCCCUAUUUUGACUUUUCCCCCCUGUCUGUAUCCCCCUCCCUUUUUCUACAUCUCCCCCCCUUUGUGUUCCCUCCCCUUUGAUACUCCCCCCUGUCUGACGUUCCCCCCUGUUUUUCUGUCUUCUCCCUUUUCCCCUCUUCUGUCUGUCCCUCCUUAUCUGUUUUUCCCCCCCUGCUAUUGCUGCUCCCCCCCCUUUUCUAUCUGCUGCCCCCCCCUGUUAUUGCUGUUUCUCCCUGUCUAUCUGCUGCCCCUCCCGUUAUUGCUGCUCCCCCCCUGUCUAUGUCCCCUCUUGUCUAUUGUCUCCCCCCUCCGUUAUCUGACUGCCUCCCUCCGUUAUCUGUUGCCCUUUUCCCGUAUUUUUCUGUUUCUGCCUCCUCCCCGUUUAUCUGAUGUUUUCCCCCUGCUAUCGGCUGCCCCCUUCCCUUUUCUAUGUUUUUUCCCUUUAUUGAUGCUCCCUCCCCUAUCGGUUCCCCUCCCGUCUGAUGCCUCCCCCCCUGUUGACUGCCCCCCUUUUGCCUCCCUCCCGUUGUUUCCCCCUUGUCUAUUUAUGUCCCCUUUUCCCCUGUUUCUGUUUUCCCUCCCCUUUAUCUGACUGCCCCCUCCCUGUCUAUCUGACUGCCUCCCUCCCUGUCUAUCUGACUGUCUCCCUCCCUUGUCUGACUGUCUCCCUCCCUGUCUGACUAUCUCCCUCCCUGUCUGACUGCCUCCCUCCCUGUCUGACUGUCUCCCUCCCUUGCCGUCUCCCUCCCUGUCUGACUGCCUCCCUCCCUGUCUGACUGCCUCCCUCCCUGUCUGACUGUCUCCCUCCCCAUCUUUCUGACUGUCUCCCUCCCUGUCUAUAUGACUGUCUCCCUCCUGUCUAUCUGAUUGUCUCCCAUCAGACUCCGAGGUCAGUGUGCAGUGAGAGCUGCCAGCCUGGUACCAGGAAGGGGAUCAGGCAGGGGGAGCCCGUCUGCUGCUUUGACUGCAUCCCCUGUGCUGACGGAGAGAUCAGCAAUGUCACAGGUAAUGUAUCAUUGUGUACACCUUGUCAAUCCCUAACAGAGCUUUGUCCUUAAUACAAUUGCACGUAUUUGUGGUCUGCAGCAGAGGUGGUUUUGAUUUGAGUCCACAGUUGCUUUGGGUUUUAAAUGAUAUGUAGCUUGAGGGAGUUCUACCUGCUUUGUAGAUUGAAUCUAUGUGUGUGUGUGUGUGUGAGAGAGACUGACCUGACAUCGUCCUCUUCUCUGCCUCUCUCAGAUGCCAGGGAGUGUAUCCAGUGCACUGAGGACUACUGGUCUAACGCGGCCCGAGACACCUGCGUCCCCAAGACCAUAGAGUUCCUGGACUUCAGUGAACCUCUGGGCAUCACACUCAUGAUGAUAUCAGCCUUUGGAGCGCUGAUCACACUGGCUGUGGGGGUGUGUAGCCAAAGGCAGCAACACGUAGUGCUAUAUUGGGGAAUAGGGUGUUAUUGGAGAUUUGUAUGAUGGAAUUAUGAGGCGACAUAGUCUCAGUGAAUCAGGUAGUAUUCACUGCCAUUUAUGAUAGACAUGAAGUGUAUCAGGUUUUGGGUCAAUUCGUAUUGAAGUCACUCAGGAACAUUUAAUUAUACAUCUUCUCCUUUUCAGUUAAUUGAGAAAUCAUUGAGUAUGGAAUUUUUUCCAUUUUUGAAUUGGAAUUUCAGUUUACUACCUGAAUUGGGUGACUUCAAUUCGAAUUGACCCCCAACCCUGGUGUGUAUAAUGUCCUACUCCAGAUGGUCUUCCUGGUCAACCUGGGUACUCCUCUGGUGAAGGCCAACGACCCCGUGCUGAGUUUCUCCCUGCUGUUCUCCCUGGUGGUGACGUUCCUCUCCUCCAUUGUCUUCCUGGGAGAGCCCCAGGCCUGGAGCUGCAUGACCAGCCAGGUGGGCCUGGCCCUGGGGUUUGCCCUGGCCUAUCCUCCAUCAGGGUGGGGGUAGAAUAGGAUAGUCUCUAAACUGCUCUCAUCCUCUCUUCUCUCUCUCACUAUGAGAGAGAGCAAGAGAGAGAGCAUCUACGGAGGAGACAUAGGCAGAGCGAGAUUCAGGUCGAGAGGAGGCUAGAGAGCAGACGAGUAGCUCGAGAUCGAUCGACGAUCGGUACCUAAUCAGCCUUUAAACCGUCAGUCCUCUCUCUCGCAUCAUCAUCUUCUCUCUCAAAUCUCUCUUGAUCUGCUCUCUGCUCUCUCUCUUCUCUCUCUCGCUUUCUCUUCUCCUCGCCUCUUCUCUCCUUUUCUCCUCUCGUCUCUCUCUCCAGGCUUACGGCUAGCACCUUAAGGAAUCAUUGGCUGUAAGUGACAUGAUGGAUACUCAGUGCCUACAGUAGAGUACAGCUCUUACCACAUUGCUCACACAAACCUCCCCUUUAACCUUGAUGAUGUGUUGUUCUAGGUAAGGCUGCAGUCCUUAUGCUCAGGGCCAGGGUUCUGAAGGCUGCCAGGUCCAAGGCCAAAGCCACUGCUAAGGCUGCAGCUCAGGCCGCAGCUCAGGCCGCCGCCGCUGACACCAGCCCUGACGUCAUCGUCACCAAAGGCAACAUCAACAACAACGAUGCUGUAACCACUGGCAACGGCGAUGUGGACUCUCUCCGUCCCGCCCACCAGAGGGUCCUGGCUGCCAUAGCAACACUGAUCCAGGCGGUGGCGUGCACGGUGUGGCUUAUCAUUAUCCCACCGCACCCGGUCAAAAACAGGGCGGCGCAGAACAUCAAGAUCAUCCUGGAGUGUGACCAGGGUUCUGUGGUCUUCAUCUGCUGUGUCUUCGGCUACGACAUCCUGCUGGCCCUGUUGGCCUUCAUCUUCUCCUUCAUGGCACGCAAACUGGAGGACCACUUCAGGUAGCUAGUCACCUUCAUGGCACGCAAACUGGAGGACCACUUCAGGUAGCUAAGUCACCUUCAUUUCACGUAAAAAUGGAGGAGCCCUUCAGGUAGCUAGUCACCUUCAUGGUUGUCUCCCAUGCAAACUGGAGGACCACUUCAGGUAGCUAAGUCACCUUCAUUUCACAUAAAAUGGAGGAGCCCUUCAGGUAGCUAGUCACCUUCAUGGCAUGCAAACUGGAGGACCACUUCAGGUAGCUAAGUCACCUUCAUUUCACGUAAAAAUGGAGGAGCCCUUCAGGUAGCAAGUCACCUUCAUGGUUGUCUCCCAUGCAAACUGGAGGACCACUUCAGGUAGCUAGUCACCUUCAUGGCAUGCAAACUGGAUGACUCCUUCAGGUAGCAAGUCACCUUCAUGGUUGUCUCCCAUGCAAACUGGAUGACUCCUUCAGGUAGCUAGUCACCUUCAUGGUUGUCUCCCAUGCAAACUGGAGGACUCCUUCAGGUAGCUAGUGGACCUGGACGUUACUUAGCUUAGCAUUUACAUUACAUUUACAGUGGGGGAAAAAAGUAUUUAGUCAGCCACCAAUUGUGCAAGUUCUCCCACUUAAAAAGAUGAGAGAGGCCUGUAAUUUUCAUCAUAGGUACAUGUCAACUAUGACAGACAAAAUGAGAAGAAAAAUCCAGAAAAUCACAUUGUAGGAUUUUUUAUGAAUUUAUUUGCAAAUUAUGGUGGAAAAUAAGUAUUUGGUCAAUAACAAAAGUUUCUCAAUACUUUGUUAUAUACCCUUGUUGGCAAUGACACAGGUCAAACGUUUUCUGUAAGUCUUCACAAGGUUUUCACACACUGUUGCUGGUAUUUUGGCCCAUUCCUCCAUGCAGAUCUCCUCUAGAGCAGUGAUGUUUUGGGGGCUGUCGCUGGGCAACACAGACUUUCAACUCCCUCCAAUGAUUUUCUAUGGGGUUGAGAUCUGGAGACUGGCUAGGCCACUCCAGGACCUUGAAAUGCUUCUUACGAAGCCACUCCUUCGUUGCCCGGGCGGUGUGUUUGGGAUCAUUGUCAUGCUGAAAGACCCAGCCACAUUUCAUUUUCAAUGCCCUUGCUGAUGGAAGGAGGUUUUCACUCAAAAUCUCACGAUACAUGGCCCCAUUCAUUCUUUCCUUUACACGGAUCAGUCGUCCUGGUCCCUUUUCAGAAAAAACAGCCCCAAAGCAUGAUGUUUCCACCCCCAUGCUUCACAGUAGGUAUGGUGUUCUUUGGAUGCAACUCAGCAUUCUUUGUCCUCCAAACACGACGAGUUGAGUUUUUACCAAAAAGUUAUAUUUUGGUUUCAUCUGACCAUAUGACAUUCUCCCAAUCCUCUUCUGGAUCAUCCAAAUGCACUCUAGCAAACUUCAGACGGGCCUGGACAUGUACUGGCUUAAGCAGGGGGACACGUCUGGCACUGCAGGAUUUGAGUCCCUGGCGGCGUAGUGUGUUACUGAUGGUAGGCUUUGUUACUUUGGUCCCAGCUCUCUGCAGGUCAUUCACUAGGUCCCCCCGUGUGGUUCUGGGAUUUUUGCUCACCGUUCUUGUGAUCAUUUUGACCCCACGGUGUGAGAUCUUGCGUGGAGCCCCAGAUCGAGGGAGAUUAUCAGUGGUCUUGUAUGUCUUCCAUUUCCUAAUAAUUGCUCCCUCAGUUGAUUUCUUCAAACCAAGCUGCUUACCUAUUGCAGAUUCAGUCUUCCCAGCCUGGUGCAGGUCUACAAUUUUGUUUCUGGUGUCCUUUGACAGCUCUUUGGUCUUGGCCAUAGUGGAGUUUGGAGUGUGACUGUUUGAGGUUGUGGACAGGUGUCUUUUAUACUGAUAACAAGUUCAAACAUGUGCCAUUAAUACAGGUAACGAGUGUAGGACAGAGGAGCCUCUUAAAGAAGAAGUUACAGGUCUGUGAGAGCCAGAAAUCUUGCUUGUUUGUAGGUGACCAAAUACUUAUUUUCCACCAUAAUUUGCAAAUAAAUUCAUUAAAAAUCCUACAAUGUGAUUUUCUGGAUUUUUUUUCUCUCAAUUUGUCUGUCAUAGUUGACGUGUACCUAUGAUGAAAAUUACAGGCCUCUCUCAUCUUUUUAAGUGGGAGAACUUGCACAAUUGGUGGCUGACUAAAUACUUUUUUUCCCCACUGUAUAUAUAUAUAUAUAUUUUUUAUUAUUCUUUUUAUUUAUUUUUUAUGGGGGGGAGGGGGGUAGACGGAUUACUUUCAUACUAUCCCAGGUAUUCCUUAAAGAGGUAGGGUUUCAAGUGUCUCCGGAAGGUGGUAAGUGACUCCGCUGUCCUGGCGUCGUGAGGGUGCGAACAGUUUUGACUGGGCCAGAGGUGGAAGAACGCAAUGCCCUCGUUUGGGUGUAGGGACUGAUCAGAGCCUGAGGGUAAGGAGGUGCCGUUCCCCUCACAGCUCCGUAACAGGUUUGGGUGUAGGGACUGAUCAGAGCCUGAGGGUAAGGAGGUGCCGUUCCCUCAGGGUAAGGAGGUGCCGUUCCCCUCAGGGUAAGGAGGUGCCGUUCCCCUCACAGCUCCGUAGCAGGUUAAAGACUUGGAUAGCUGUGGACUAGCAGCUGUCAUAACCUUGCAACUUAACUUAUCAUAACAUGUCUUACCAUUGCGUAACUUAUGAUAGCCUAUCUAAGGGUGUUUUCAUGUAUAGUCCUCUUUAAAUAACCAAUCUCAGUCCUCUUUAAAUAACCAAUCUCAGUCCUCUUUAAAUAACCAAUCUCAGUCCUCUUUAAAUAACCAAUCUCAGUCCUCUUUAAAGUGAACUCUGGGGUAAAAAAAAAAUAGCUGAAAAUCUCACAUCUCUUUGUAUUCACACUGCCCUUGCCUUUGAAUGAGGACUCAACUCUUUUGCCAAUUCACUUAAACUAUUUUGUGGACCGAGUUCUCUUUUGCAUUCACACAGCUGUGUUUAGAAAGGAACCAAGAUCUUUUUCCAACACUUUUACAAAGUGCAGGACAAGCCAUUAAAUCAGAAUGCGUUAUCGGACAGCUAGAUACACCUACUUACAUUUUGGAAGUUAAUAGAUUGCAUUUAGUUAAAAUAUGAGACAUAAUAAUUGUAAUCAGAAGAUAUUAUUAAUAUGUACAUUUUAUUGCUAACAGAAUAAACAGUAAUAGAAUAACUGCAGAUUAAAUAAUGCUGUAAUUGAAAAUUGUCCACCCAAGGUAGGCUACUGCUCCUUUAUGAGCUAGAAUAGAUGUUGUACCCUAUGUUGUAAUUCUCACCAAAAUAUAUUGUCUUCUCACUAUUCAAACCCCACAAUCAAUAAACUGCUUAUGAAGCUCUCUUAGCCCAUAGAUCACAUAUUGCAAACAAAUAAUCUGAACUAAAAACACCACACAUUUUGGAAUUUCUGUGCGUCCAAUCGCUAAUCAGUAUCCAAAAACAGCACACAUUUUUGUGACGGUUUAUGUCAGGGGAAACGGUGUUGCAGUAGUCUAGUGUGUGGGUUUAUGGCAGGGGAAACGGUGUGGCAGUAGUCUAGUGUGUGGGUUUAUGGCAGGGGAAACGGUGUGGCAGUAGUCUAGUGUGAGGGGUUUAUGGCAGUAGUCUAGUGUGAGGGGUUAUGGCAGUAGUCUAGUGUGAGGGUUUAUGACAGGGGAAACGGUGUGGUUGCAGUAGUCUAGUGUGUGGGUUUAUGGCAGGGGAAACGGUGUUGCAGUAGUCUAGUGUGAGGGGUUAUGGCAGGGGAAACGGUGUUGCAGUAGUCUAGUGUGUGGGUUUAUGGCAGGGGAAACGGUGUGGCAGUAGUCUAGUGUGAGGGGUUUAUGGCAGUAGUCUAGUGUGAGGGGUUAUGGCAGUAGUCUAGUGUGAGGGUUUAUGACAGGGGAAACGGUGUUGCAGUAGUCUAGUGUGUGGGUUUAUGGCAGGGGAAACGGUGUUGCAGUAGUCUAGUGUGAGGGGUUAUGGCAGGGGAAACGGUGUGUUGCAGUAGUCUAGUGUGUGGGUUUAUGGCAGGGGGAAACGGUGUUGCAGUAGUCUAGUGUGAGGGGUUAUGGCAGGGGAGGAAACGGUUGUGUUGCAGUAGUCUAGUGUGAGGGGUUUUGGCAGUAGUAGUAGUAGUGUGAGGGGUAUGGCAAAUAGUCUAGUGUGAUGGGUUAUGGCAGUAGGUCUAGUGUGAGGGGUUAUGGCAGGGGAAAAAGGGGUUGUGUUGCAGUAGUCUAGUGUGAGGGGUUAUGGCAGGGAAAAGGGUGUGUUGCAGUAGUCUAGUGUGAGGGUUUAUGGCAGGGGAAACGGUGUUUUUGCAGUAGUCUAGUGUGAGGGGUUAUGGCAGGGGAAACGGUUUUUUGUUGCAGUAGUCUAGUGUGAGGGGUUAUGGCAGUAGUGUCUAGUGUGAGGGUUUAUGUCAGGGGAAACGGUGUUGGCAGUAGUCUAGUGUGAGGGGUUAUGGCAGUAGUCUAGUGUGAGGGGUUAUGGCAGGGAGGAAACGGUGUUGCAGUAGUCUAGUGUGAGGGGUUAUGUCAGGGGGAAACGGUGGUUGCAGUAGUUAGUGUGAGGGGUUAUUUGGCAGUAGUGUCUAGUGUUUAGGGGUUAUGGCAGGGGAAAACGGUGUUGCAGUAGUCUAGUGUGAGGGGUUAUGACAGGGGAAACGGGUGUUGCAGUAGUUUUAGUGUGAGGGGUUAUGUCAGGGGAAACAGUGUUGCAGUGUCUAGUGUGAGGGGUUAUGGCAGGGGAAACGGGGUUGCAGUAGUCUAGUGUGUGGGUUUAUGGCAGGGGAAACGGUUGUGCAGUAGUCUAGUGUGAGGGUUUAUGACAGGGGAAACGGUGUUUGCAGUAGUCUAGUGUGAGGGUUUAUGACAGGGGAAACGGUGUUGCAGUAGUUUAGUGUGAGGGGUUAUGGCAGUAGUCUAGUGUGAGGGGUUAUGGCAGUAAGUAGUCUAGUGUGAGGGGUUUAUGGCAAAUAGUCUAGUGUGAGGGGUUAUGGCAGUAGUCUAGUGUGAGGGGUUAUGGCAGUAGUCUAGUGUGUGGGGUUAUGGCAGGGGAAACGGUGUUGCAAGUAGUCUAGUGUGAGGGGGUUAGAAGGGGAAACGGUAGUUUGUGGCAGUAGUCUAGUGUGAGGGUUUUUGGCAGGGGAAACGGUGUGGUUGCAGUAGUCUAAUGUGAGGGGUUUUUGGCAGUAGUCUAGUGUGUGGGGUUAUGGCAGGGGAAACGGUGUUGCAGUAGUCUAGUGUGAGGGGUUAUGACAGGGGAAACGGGUGUUGCAGUAGUCUAGUGUGAGGGGUUAUGGCAGGGGAAAGGAAAUAGGUGUGGCAGUAGUCUAGUGUGAGGGGUUAUGGCAGGGGAAACGGUGUUGUUGCCGUUUGUCUAGUGUGAGGGGUUAUGGCAGGGGAACGGGUUUUGUGGCAGUUAGUCUAGUGUGAGGGGUUAUGGCAGGGGAAACGGUUUUGCAGUAGUCUAGUGUGAGGGGUUAUGGCAGGGGGAAACGGUUUGUUGCAGUAGUCUAGUGUGAGGGGUUAUGGCAGUAGUCUAGUGUGAGGGGUUAUGGCAAGUAGUCUAGUGUGAGGGGUUUAUGGCAGUAGUCUAGUGUGAGGGUUUAUGGCAGUAGUCUAGUGUGAGGGUUUAUGGCAGUAGUCUAGUGUGAGGGUUUAUGGCAGUAGUCUAGUGUGAGGGGUUAUGGCAGUAGUCUAGUGUGAGGGGUUAUGGCAGUAGUCUAGUGUGAGGGGUUAUGGCAGUAGUCUAGUGUGAGGGGUUAUGGCAGUAGUCUAGUGUGAGGGGUUAUGGCAGUAGUCUAGUGUGAGGGGUUAUGGCAGGGGAAAACAGUGUUGCAGUAGUCUAGUGUGAGGGGUUAUGGCAGGGGAAACAGUGUUGCAGUAGUCUAGUGUGAGGGGUUAUGGCAGUAGUCUAGUGUGAGGGGUUUAUGGCAGUAGUCUAGUGUGAGGGGUUAUGACAGGGGAAACGGUGUUGCAGUAGUCUAGUGUGUGGGGUUAUGGCAGGGGAAACAGUGUUGCAGUAGUCUAGUGUGAGGGGUUAUGGCAGUAGUCUAGUGUGAGGGGUUAUGGCAGGGGAAACAGUGUGGCAGUAGUCUAGUGUGAGGGGUUAUGGCAGUAGUCUAGUGUGAGGGGUUAUGGCAGGGGAAACGGUGUUGCAGUAGUCUAGUGUGAGGGGUUAUGGCAGGGGAAACAGUGUUGCAGUAGUCUAGUGUGAGGGGUUAUGGCAGUAGUCUAGUGUGAGGGGUUAUGGCAGUAGUCUAGUGUGAGGGGUAAUGGCAGUAGUCUAGUGUGAGGGGUUAUGGCAGUAGUCUAGUGUGAGGGGUAAUGGCAGUAGUCUAGUGUGAGGGGUAAUGGCAGGGGAAACGGUGUUGCAGUAGUCUAGUGUGAGGGGUUAUGGCAGGGGAAACGGUGUUGUAGUAGUCUAGUGUGUGGUGCAGGAAUAAUGACAAGCAAACCUGGGGAGCUUUGCAUUCACAUUGUCCUAAAAAAGGGAACCGGACAUCGGAAUUCAAGCGAUCCAAACUUAGAACCCCUCUCGAGAUGGUCUCAGAUCGAUUCACUUCGGGGCCUCUUUUAAGGGGUCUGAGUGCCUUUGGAGUGUUCACACUCCUUUAAAAAAAAAUAAGCGAACCGCACUGAGUUCACAAAAAUUGUCUGAAAGGUCCAAGUGUGAAAACACCCUUAGAGUUGUCGCGCUCAUUUAAAUGUCCUUUCUUUUCCUGCUUUAAACCACUUUUUUAAAUUGUUUGGGGUUUCUCGAUUCCAGCGAGGCCAAGUGCUUGACCUUCGGCAUGUUGGUGUUCUUCAUUGUGUGGAGCUCCUUCGUCCCUGCCUACCUCAGUACACGUGGUAAGUUCAUGGUGGCCGUGCAGAUCUUUGCCAUCCUGGCGUCCAGCUUCGGCCUGCUAGCCUGCAUCUUCCUACCCAAGUGCUACGUCCUGCUGGUCAAGCCCGAGUACAACACAGAGGAAAUUAUGCAGACGCGUUCCAAGCCACGUGACGGGACCGGGACUGGGACCUCGGCCUCGCUUGCCACGGCGGCCACUGAAGCUACGACGGGCACCGUUGAUGAUUAGGGUUAGGGAGGGUGCACACGAACACGCACACUAUGGGCAGACACGAACACCCACCAGGAGGCACACUAGGGCCAGUGAUACGUCGCACUAACUAGGGACGACGCAGCAUUUCAUUGUGGUGUCUGUCAUUAGUUUCCUGUGAUGUCAUUAUAAUGUAUGUCGUUUUUUUUUUACUAAUGAGGGGGGAAAGUAUUUGAUCCCCUGCUGAUUUUGUACGUUUGCCCACCGACAAAGAAAUGAUGGUACGUUUAUUUGAACAGGGAGAGACAGAAUAACAACAAAAAAAAAUCCAGAAAAAACGCAUGUCAAAAAUGUUAUAAAUUGAUUUGCAUUUUAAUGAGGGAAAUAAGUAUUUGACCCCCUCUCAAUCAGAAAGAUUUCUGGCUCCCAGGUGUCUUUUAUACAGGUAACGAGCUGAGAUUAGGAGCACACUCUUAAAGGGAGCGCUCCUAAUCUCAGCUUGUUACCUGUGUAAAAUACACCUGUCCACAGAAGCAAUCAAUCAAUCAAUCUUUGGCAUCAACUCAACUCGCCGUGUUUGGAGGAGGAGGAAUGCUGCCUAUGACCUCAAGAACACCAUCCCCACCGUCAAACAUGGAGGUGGAAACAUUAUGCUUUGGGGGUGUUUUUCUGCUAAGGGGACAGGACAACUUCACCGCAUCAAAUGGACGAUGGACGGGGCCAUGUACCGUCAAAUCUUGGGUAAGAACCUCCUAUCCCUCAGCCAGGGCAUUGAAAAUGGGUCGUGGAUGGGUAUUCCAGCAUGACAAUGACCCAAAACACACGGCCAAGGCAACAAAGGAGUGGCUCAAGAAGAAGCACAUUAAGGUCCUGGAGUGGCCUAGCCAGUCUCCAGACCUUAAUCCCAUACAAUAUCUGUGGAGGGAGCUGAAGGUUCGAGUUGCCAAACGUCAGCCUCGAAACAUUAAUGACUUGGAGAACAUCUGCAAAGAGGAGUGGGACUAAAUCUACAACUACAAGAAACGUCUAACCUCUGUGAUUGCCAACAAGGGUUUUGCCACCAAGUACUAAGUCAUGUUUUGCAGAGGGGUCAAAUACUUAUUUCCCUCAUUAAAAUGCAAAUCAAUUUAUAACAUUUCUGACAUGCGUUUUUCUGGAUUUUUUUAAUAUUUAUUCUGUCUCUCACUGUUCAAAUAAACCUACCAUUAAAAUUAUAGACUGAUAAUUUCUUUGUCAGUGGGCAAACGUACAAAAUCAGCAGGGGAUCAAAUACUUUUUUCCCUCACUGUAUACCAAUGGAGUUCUCAGGGAGUAGAACUACAACCAAACACAGAGCUGCAACAAAGAGAUAUCUACACUAACAUGGCAUGGAUAUAUAUGGUAGAUGGAUAGGUCCCGUCCUUAUGAUAACUGUAUAUUACUUUGACUUUAUAAAUGCUGUCUUGAUUUUUGAUUUUUGAUUAAUUACUUUGAGCCAUAGUUUUUUUUUUUUAACAGUGCGCUGGCUUGCUAUGGUGGUAGAAAUAUGCUGUAUUUGUGAGAUUAUUUGAGAUGUCUCAGAAAGGUGGGCAUACAAAUGUAUCUUUUGGCAAAUUUUCACCUUUGUACUGUGAAUUUAGAGGGAUUGUCAUUUAAUUUGCCUUUAUAUCAUAUUUGUACAGGUACAUCAAUGUCUAAUGUUUCUGUAUAGGAAUCUGCAUAAGUAG